AUGGAGCCGCGACUAAAUGCAUUACUAGACCUCUCCAGCCCAGGCGGCAUGCCGUACGCGACAAAUGCACCCGACGUUACUACACCCAGCUCGCAUAGGCCACCGCACCAAGCCGAUUCUACUUUUGUGCGGCCCAAAGCGCUGAUGCUGGCGAACUCAUCGUCGCCAGACAACACCCAGGCCACCGAUUUCCGAAAAGAAGUGCAUGACAAGAUACACCCAACACGAGCAAUGCCUAGUGCUCCCAUAGCACAGGUACUCAACAAUGAGGCCAAUCUGCUUUCUUCACAAUCUGUUCCCAAUACUUUUGCUCCCUCUACGACUCCAUUCAGCGGCCGACUAGUGGAUCUCCUACUGGAGAGUCCCGAGCAUACAAAGCAACGAUGGGACCAAGACCAGCAAUUCUUGCAGCCCGAUAGUACGGGAUACAGUCCCUCUGUAAUCAAGCUUCCAAGACUUCCACAGCCUCCCAAGAAGACGGCAAAACGGCCUAGGAUACCGCCGCUAUUACAGGGCUUACAUCAGCCUCCACCUUUGCCACCAGAGGGCAGAUUGUUCCCGCCAAUCACUGGGGAAAAGAAUGCAUUUGCUGGUGAAAGAGGAUACGAUUCCUUGUUUGAAGAAUCAAGAGGUAAAGAUGUGGAUGACCAUGCUUUUCUUGAAAAUAGCGCACAGGAACUCGCUAGGAGUGCUCAACAUGGCGAGUAUGGGUCAAAUAGUCAGGUGACGGUACAGAAUGUCCCGCUGAGUGGGAUACCUACUGUGCAAGAGGCCAAGACACAGUCGAACCAAGAAAUAAGUCCUCCUAGUCAAGUCCAGAUUAAGCGUGGAAAGAAGCGAACCAAGUGGUCAGAGCAAGAGACCAAGGAUCUGCUUAUAGGCGUGAGCAGAUUUGGUAUUGGAAGCUGGAAAAAGAUACUGCAAAGCCCAGACUUUUCGUUCAACAACCGCACUGCUGUUGACCUGAAAGACCGGUUUCGCGUCUGCUGUCCUGGUGAAGGUUUAAAACCCAGGCAACCAAGGGCCAACAUCCAGGAAAAGCACUCGGUAGACGCUGUACAUACCCACCCUGACGGUCACGGUAAGAGUGCAGAACAAGUGGACAAAACAAACAACUCUGCCCCUACGUCCUCAGCCUCUACAGUAGCUACACGUACAACCAAAGCUACCACUACAAUGCCCAACCUUUCCGAGCUGGGCAUCCGCGAGCCCUUUUCCAAAACCGCCCGCCGCCCGCGACGCCCCUUUACAGCAGCCGAUGACGUGAACCUUCUCAAAGGAUUCGAAAAAUACGGCCCAGUCUGGCACUCCAUGCGCGACGACCCAGAGCUCGAAUUUGGAUCACGGCACGCAACAGACCUACGCGACCGAUUCCGCAUCCGCUACCCAGAACGCUACGCAAGAGCAGGCUACAAGCUCAAAAGCAAAGAUAGAGAGCGAGAAAGAGUGCGAAGAGGCAUAGAUAUGGAAACCGACGCCACGUCAGCAGGAGAACCGCCGACAUCUCUCACUGCAUCAAAAGACAAAAACUCCGACGAUCCAAACACCAUUGCUCUAUCUAAACCCUCAGCCACAGCACCGUUAUCCUACCCAUACACCAGCAGCAUGCCCCUUACCUUUUCUCAGCCCCCACUCUCGUCCUCCCACUUCCAAUACACAACUGCAACCAAUGGCCCCUCCCUCAAACCCUUCACAACAUCCUCCUCCUACCUCGCCGACCCCUUACCCACGCUCUCCUUCUCCGACGAAGAAGACAUGACAGACGACAUGGCGCAUAACGCGCAUUCGGGCAGCGGCGACCAAAGCCCCGUGACGCUGAGUCGCAAUAUUCUGCGCUGGGCAGAUGCGAAUCCCUCGUCUUUGUAUUCGUUUGUGCCGGGGCCGGGGGCCUUGUAUAGGGCUGCUAGCGCAAGCGGUGGUGCGAGUGGAGGGGAGAGGAUACUGGGGUUUGGACUGAGUGAAGGGGUAGGUGGGAGUGGAAGUGGUGCUACUGCUUUGGCUGGUGGACCACAGGCGCAACAGCAGCAGCAGCAACAGCAACAGCAACAGCAACAGCAACAGCAAGGCGAUGGGAUGAUGAGAAACAGCAUCCUUCCCGAAGCAGACAACUGGUCUUUUGCAGAUCGAACGGCGAGUUUGGCGUCGUUCAAGUAUCGAGGUUGA